GAUGUGGUUCGAGAUUCUCCCUGGGAUUGCAGUCAUGGCCGCGUGCUUGUUCAUCCCGGGAAUGGCCACUGCACGCAUCCACAGGUUCACUAACGGGGGCAAGGAAAAAAGGGUUGCCCAUUAUUCAUAUCAGUGGAAUUUCAUGGAAAGAAAUAGGCGCAUCUCUGCAGUUAAUCGUUACUAUGUGUCAAAGGGUUUGGAGAACAUUGAUUAAGGAAGCAUUUUCCUGAUUGAUGAAAAAUAACUCAGUUAUGCUUGUCUACCCCUGCUAGAGGUUAUGCAGUGUAUUGUGUAGCAUGCAGUAUAUUUUGUAGUGUGUAAUAAAAAUAAAACAAAAAA